AUGUUCACCCGAUCAAUUGGCCUUCUAGCCUUUGCAGCAUCUGUUACUGCGGCAGGAUGUCCAUACAUGGGAGCAGAAGAGGCCCGCGAUGCCCCAGCUCAACAUGCAGGCGUCCAUCGCCGUGAUGCUACCACGGACACAAAUGAUUUUCUCGCGCGAUACGAACUCGACGAUACCGAUACCUACCUCACGAGCGACGUAGGCGGGCCUUUCUCCGAUCAAAACAGUCUGUCUGCUGGGGAGCGCGGCCCAACUUUGCUUGAGGACUUUAUCUUCCGCCAGAAGAUCCAGCACUUUGAUCAUGAACGGGUACCCGAGCGUGCUGUCCACGCACGAGGUGCUGGUGCUCACGGUGUCUUUGAAUCGUAUGGUGACUGGUCCAACAUUACGGCUGCCUCAUUCCUGGGAUCGCAAGGCAAACAGACGCCCAUCUUCAUUCGCUUCUCCACUGUUGCCGGCAGCCGCGGAUCUGCUGACACAGCGCGUGAUGUGCAUGGUUUUGCGGUUCGAUUUUACACUGACGAGGGCAACUUUGGUCUGUCAUAUCAUCCGGGCUAUAUUGUGGGCAACAAUAUUCCGGUCUUUUUCAUUCAAGAUGCGAUUCUGUUCCCCGAUCUAAUCCAUGCGGUGAAACCAAGUCCCGACUCCGAAAUUCCACAAGCGGCCACUGCUCAUGAUACGGCAUGGGACUUUUUCAGUCAGCAGCCUUCGACGCUGCACACGCUGUUCUGGGCCAUGGCUCCAAAUGGGAUUGUCAGGUCGUACAGACACAUGGAUGGAUUUGGUGUGCACACGUUCCGCUUUGUGACAGACGAUGGAGCGUCCAAGCUGGUCAAGUUCCACUGGAAGUCUCUGACCGGGAAGACUGGUCUCGUGUGGGAGGAAGCGCAAGUCCUGGCUGGAAAGAAUGCCGAUUUCCACAGACAGGACUUGUUUGAGUCUAUCGAGAAGCAGCGCUUCCCGGAGUGGGAGCUUGCGGUACAAAUUAUGGACGAGCAAGACCAACUGCGGUUUGGCUUUGAUGUCUUGGAUCCGACCAAGAUCGUGCCCGAAGAGCUCGUCCCCCUGACCAAACUCGGCAAGCUGACAUUGAACCGCAACCCACGGAACUACUUUGCCGAGACCGAGCAGGUCAUGUUCCAACCUGGCCAUAUCGUCCGCGGCAUCGACUUCUCCGAAGACCCCUUGCUUCAAGGCCGCAUCUACUCCUACCUCGACACGCAAUUGAACCGCAACGGCGGUCCAAACUUCGAACAACUUCCCAUCAACCAGCCACGCGUACCCUGGCACAACAACAACCGCGAUGGCGCAGGCCAAAUGUUCAUCCCCCUCAACACCGCCGCCUACUCUCCCAACACCCUCAACAGAGCCUCGCCCAAACAAGCAAACCAAACCUCCGGCCGCGGCUUCUUCACCGCCCCAGGCCGCACAUUCUCCGGCAACCUCGUCCGCGCCGUCUCCUCCACCUUCAACGACGUCUGGUCGCAGCCCCGCCUCUUCUACAACUCCCUCCCGCCAGUCGAGCAGCAAUUCCUCAUCAACGCAAUCCGCUUCGAAACAAGCAACCUCAAGAGCGACAUUGUCAAAAACAACGUCCUCAUCCAACUCAACCGCGUCUCCCACGAUAUCGCCUCCCGCGUCGCCUCCGCCCUCGGCCUCACCGCCCCAGCUCCAGACGCAACAUACUACCACGACAACAAAACCGCCGGCGUCGCCGUCUUCGGCACCCCGCUCCUCCGCCUCGAUGGCCUGCGCGUCGGCCUCCUGACCACCGCCGCCGACACUACAGACUACACAAGCCUCAAAUCCGCACUCGCAACACACAACGUCGACCUCGUCGUCGUCGCCGAACACUACGGCGGCAGCAGCACCACCCAGACAUACGCACAAGCCGACGCCACGGGCUUCGACGCCGUCAUUGCUGCCGCUGACCCCUCGUUCUUCAGCCCCAUCACCUCCACGCCCGAGUUCCCAUCCGGACGUCCGCUGAGUAUCCUGCUUGAUGCAUAUCGGUGGGGGAAGCCGGUGGCGGAUUUGAAGGGGGUGUUUAAAGGCGUGGCGAUUCCGGAUGGGGAGGGGGUUAUUGUGGCUUCGGGUGCGGAUGAGGGGUUUGUGGGGAAGCUGGUGGAUGCGUUGCGGACGUUUAAGUUUUUGGGUAGGUUUCCGGUGGAUGGGAAGGCUUAG